GAGCGAGUGUGUGAGUGAGGGAGCGAGCCAGCGUGUGAGUGUGUGCAUGUGCGUGUGUGCAUGUGCGUGUGUUUUCGCACACCCCGCACGGCGGCGGCGGCGGCGGCGGCAGCAGGGACGCGGUCCGCUCCACCCCCCCGAGCCAAAGAAGCCCCCUCGCUCGCUCGGGACCCGACCAUGUUCCAGCCCACGACCAAGCGCGGCUUCACCAUCGAGUCCCUGGUGGCCAAAGACAGCGGCGGCCCGGGUGGCCCCGGCGGCCCCGGCCCCGGCCCUGGAGGCGGCUCCCACCACUUGGCGGCCCCGGCGGCGGCGGCCGGCGAGGAGCCUCUGCGGCCCACAGCGCUCAACUACCCCACGCCAGCGGCCGCCGAGGCAUUCGUGAGCGGCUUCCCGGCCGCCGCCGCGGCCGCCGCGGCCGCCGCCGCUGCCGCAGCCGGCCGCUCCCUCUACGGCGGGCCCGAGCUCGUCUUCCCCGAAGCCAUGAACCACCCAUCCCUGACCGUGCACCCGGCCCCCCAGCUCGGCGCCUCCCACCUCCAGCACCCGCACUCUUUCUUCGGAGCCCAGCACCGCGACCCGCUCAACUUCUACCCCUGGGUCUUGCGCAACCGUUUCUUCGGACACCGCUUCCAGGGGAGCGAGGUUCCCCAGGACAGCCUGCUCCUGCACGGCCCCUUCGCCCGAAAACCCAAGCGGAUCCGCACGGCCUUCUCGCCUUCGCAGCUGCUGCGGCUGGAGCGCGCCUUCGAGAAAAACCACUACGUGGUGGGCGCCGAGCGGAAGCAGCUGGCGGGCAGCCUCAGCCUCUCCGAGACCCAGGUGAAGGUGUGGUUUCAGAACCGGCGGACAAAGUACAAGCGUCAGAAGCUGGAGGAAGAGGGCCCUGAGUCAGACCAGAAAAAGAAGGGGUCCCACCACAUCAACCGAUGGCGCAUCGCCACCAAGCAGGCCAACGGCGAGGACAUCGAUGUCACGUCCAAUGACUAAGAGGGGGCCUGGGGAGGGGGGGCAGCUGAGAAACCAAUGAAGGGAGCCAGGCGGGUGAAGGGACGUCAUAAAUGGACUCAAGUGAGACCCAAUGGAAACCAACUGCCGUACCUCCUGAGCUCCCCCACCAUGCCCAGGCCCACUCCUCAGCCUCCCUUCAUCCCUGCUGGGCUGGGCAUCAGGAAGUGGGCAGCUCCUAUGGGGAAACCCCCAAGGGACUCAGAGACUGGGGGCAGCUGACUGGAGGGGGAAGGCAAAGCAAGGGAUGCCUUCCUCCAGGUUCUGUCUCUUCCAAAAUCCUUGGGCUGGGCUGGGUCGAGUGACCUGAAGUAUCAACUCUGGCUCAGUGAGCCUGUCAGCCUCACCCUGAGACUUCCAACCCUGAUCCCCUACCUGAACCUUCUCUGUUCCCUUUGCCUUUUUCUGUUCUUACUUCCUUCCUUUGAACGAGUUUUUAUUUUAAUUUAUUUCUUGUCCAAAGGUCCCUCUGAUCCACAAUUCCCACUUCCCCACCGUGACCCCAACAAUAGGCCUUAGUGACAUCCUCCUGUGUCUCCCUUCCCUGUGGGUAAUAAA